UGCGUUUUCCCUACGCACCGUCCCAUCCCCAGCCCCGCUUUCUAUCUGAGUAAAUAUUUUAACCAAUUCGUGUGAUUGAUUCUUCGUCUUCUACCAAUUUUCUACCCUCUGUUGGAAAGGAAUCUGAUUCUCCUUCGAACUCUUGUGGUUUAUAUUCGAUUCCCAAUUAAAAACCCCAAAUUACUGCCGAUACUCUUCAUUCUUUGAAAAUCUCUGAUAUUUUUCUUAACAGAAUUUUUCGGAUUCCUCUUCAUUCGGUUCAUCGAGCGCCAUUGCAGCCAUGUCCUUCAGAAUAAGAGGGGCGAGUGCAUCGCCAGGCAUGGUAAUUGCUGAUCACAGCAAGAAGGCAUUCUUAGAGCUGAAGAGGAAGAAGGCUCACCGAUACGUGAUCUUCAGAAUCGAUGAAAACAAGAAUGAGGUUGUUGUUGACAAAACAGGUGGCUCUGCUGAAAGCUAUACUGAUUUUUCUGAAUCAUUGCCAGAGAACGACUGCAGAUACGCCGUCUAUGACUUCGACUUUGUGACUGCCGAGAAUUGCCAGAAGAGCAAGAUAUUCUUCAUUGCCUGGGCUCCUGCAACCUCCCGAAUCCGUGCAAAGAUGCUUUAUGCAACAUCUAAGGAGAGCUUCAAGAGAGCUCUGGAUGGUGUGCAUUACGAGAUUCAGGCAACCGACCCGACAGAAAUGGACUUGGAAGUGAUAAAAGACCGGGCUAACUAACCGUUUGUAAGUUGGAUGAUUCAGUGCUUAUAUUGUUAUGGUUUUUCUACCAUUGGCUAUUCUCAGCAUCUUUGAGUGUUGAAAAUGUAUGAAACGGUCAACAAGAAUCGAACAAAAAUUCUGCUUUGUAGGCAUUAUUAUUA